AUGAUCAAGGAGUUUAAUAGAGAGGAGAUUACAGUGUGGGGCGGUUUCUCUGACAUUGUGAACAAAAAGUGCCGCAGUGAGAAUCCCCGAAUUCCCACAUUUUUUCCUAUCAAAGAGGUGAUUCGGAUACUGUUCAAGUACUACCUCGGCUUGCUUCCUUUCCUACCCAUUAAAGAUGACUUUUUUGAGAUUCCUCUGAUCCGACACUUCUUCCGGAUGCCUAACGUCGUUGAAUACCUGACUUCCUGGAUUUCCACCAUCCCCCAGUUCCUGCGCUUCGGUGUUCCGGAUGACGUGAUUUUGCGGCGGAUCGUCCGUCUGACCGACUGGCUUUUGCGGUCACCGAAAUUGUAUGCGCACCUGAAGGCACGGGGGAUACCUGUGAGUUUUAGGCCCAAUGAACUGUUUCCUUUCCCACCAAAUUCCCAAUCAUCGAAUCAACAAACUAGUUAUUAUUGUUCUUCUUUCACUACGAGGCCUACCGCACAGUUCUUGUGCGGUGCGUGA